AGCCAACAGCCCACCUUCAUUCACGACGAGUGAUACAAAUAGAUGAUAUGCGGGGCGAUUACUUGUUAGAUCCAUCGACCUGGGAUGAUACCAUGGUUGAGAUACUCCAACAUGAUCAAUCCCCUGGCAGUGCCAACUCUUGCUUCCGAUAUGACGACACAUUUGACCCUGUUGUUUACCAUUCGAGCAGAGAUGCCCUGAUCCCAGUCUCACGACGUCAUGGUGAAACCUUUGUAUAGGAGGGUCAAUGAUUGUAUAUGUGUUGCGUCAUCGCAUCAAGCCAGCUAUUUGGGCUAUAUAAGACACAAACCUAUCGUCCUCGAGCAUACAUAUCUAAUAAUCAUAAUUCUACAUCGUUCUCAUCUACAACUCAUCUACAUCGUUCUCAUUCAUCAAAGACAAUUUCAACACUGAACCAACAUGUCUGGGGUCAUCCACAAAGUCAAAGACAGCCUGACCGGCCACCACGAGUCCCAUGGCACCAACCAUGGACCGCACAGCUCCAAGCCGGGCAACAAGCUGGAUCCCCGCGUGGACAGCGACCGUGAUACCCGUGCCGCUCCAUCUGCCACAACUGGAUACAGUGGUCAGACCGUCCAUACAAGCACCCACGGCCCCCAACCCGCCCAUACCGGGACCACCAACCCGCAAACCACCCAUACCGGGACCACCGGCCCUCAUAAAUCGAACCUAGCCAACAAGCUGGAUCCCCGCGUCGACUCGGACGUCGACAACCGUGCUCGUCACCAGGCGAUGGGAGGAGCGCAUGGGCCUCACGACUCGACUCUGGCCAACAAAGCCGAUCCUCGCAUCGACUCGGACCGGGAUAACCGUGCCCACCACCAGGCGAUGGGAGGGGCGUACGGAGUUCACGACUCGACUCUCGGCGGUGGCAGUGCAUACAACUCGGGUUAUGGAGCGGGCACCGGUGUGGGCACAGGCACCGGUCUGAACACAGGCACCGGUCUGAGCACAGGCACCGGUCUGAGCACAGGCACCGGUCUGAACACCGGAGGCACUGGCGUCGGGUCUCAUGACACCUACGGCCAAACCCCCAGUCGUGGUAAUGCGUACGGAAGCAACACCGGCGCGGGUGCCACCAGCGUCACGCCGCACAGCUCCCACCUCGCCAACCAUUUGGACCCGCGUGUUGACUCGGACCGUGGCCACGUUGCCGCGCCGGCGGGCAGCAGCUAUACUACCCCGGGAACAACCUCUGCCACUGGUGGCCCGCAUAACUCCAAGAUGGCCAACAAGCUGGAUCCCCGUGUUGAUUCCGAUCUGGACCACCGUCAGCACUUCUAAACUGCGCUUUGUUGAUGGUUUCUCAUAUUUUCCCCUUCCUCUUUUUCCAUAUCCCUUUUGUUCUUUGCUUUUGUCAAUAAUGUGACAUGGAGGGUACAGGCCCAUAUCUUACGAUAUCAUGAGACGGUUACGAACUGGUAUUGUUGCGCGCGAGAAUGUAUUAUUAGCUCUUUGAUUCCAGUGAAUCUCCAAUGAACUUGUUCAAAAUUCUAUUCGCA